AAACGAAAAAAUAAUUGAAAUUUUCUCGAAUUUGACAUUCGACAUUUUGAAUUGUGAAUUAUUGUUAAUGUUUCGAUUGUACGAGCUCUACACGCUAUAUCUGAAGAAAAUGUCUAGCUAUGGAACAUCGGCCAACUGGUGCGUCUGCGAGAAGCUGCCUCGCUCCAUUCUCCACAUAACUCCGUCGCCGGACCUGUGGUGCGAUGUGUGCGGCCGUCGUCGUCGUCCGCGCUCCUGCCUCACCUCCUCCAGCGACGAGGAGGAGGAGAGGGCAGCGGCACGCCAGCAGAUGCUGGCCGAGCGUCGUCGCAACGAGGAGGCGCGCCGCAGCACCGUGCGCGUAAAGGUGGCAAUGAACGCCAAGAAGCCCAAGUCCGUGCGCAAGGCCAAUAGCUUGAAAUGUGGCGGAGAGCGCAAGCCCCCAGUGGGUGAAGCAGCAGCUGCAGCAGCAGCAACACCGCAGCAGGAACAGCAGCAGCAGCCGAUGAAAUCCAAAUCGAACAACAAGAACUCUAAGAGCUCCAACAAGAACCUUAAGCUAUACACGGGACGCUUUGGUCAAUACCGCAAGCCGCAGCGCUUGCAGCCCAAGCAGCGCAAGCAGGGUGAGGGAGCUGCAGCCGAGCCGAAGCGUGCCCAGGUUGAGCCCGAGGUGGCGGCACCGCCGCCGCCGCCAUCCCCACCGCCGUCUCCGCCGGCCAGCGCCGCCAAGGCCUACGAGUCGCUGUGGGAUCAGCCCACCGAGGAUAUGCCCAAGCUGGUGGCAUUUGCGCACGAGGUAUUCAAUCGACCCGAGCAUCUGCGCAAGAAUCAGCCCAACUUCUAUGACAAUCUGUUUGUCAGCGAUUUUAUACCGCUGGACAAGCCGAUUACGGACACAUCUGGCGGCGCCAUAUCCAAGCGCCGUCGACACUUCGGACGUCCGCUGCGGCCCCACUGCAGCCGUCCGCUGCCGCCACUGUCGCAGGUUCUGGCCGACCUCUUGUCCAAGCAGAACGUGCGCGCCAAGGGCGGCGGCCUGCCGCCCAAAGAGGAGGAGGUCGUUGGCAUUAAAUUGGCCACCCAGUUCUCGCCGUUUGAGGUGUACGAUGGCCCGUCGGAGGAUGCCCUGGCGGUGGAGAGCGCCCGCGCCAUGUUGAGCCGGCCCAUGUCGUUGCAUAUCGAAAAGCGCGACGAUUUGCCGUCCACACGGCUCUCCAGCUUCGAGUCGGAGCCAAGCAGCGACUGCUCAUCGUCGUCGCCCUUCGAUGUGCCCUCGGCGCCGCCAGCAGAGCGCCCGCGUCAAGCCUACGGUAUGGGCGCUCCUCUGCGUCUGCACGAGAUGAUGAAGGCGGUGGCCCACUCAGGGCUGUCCGACAGCAGCGCCUCCAGCAGCAGCACGAGCAGCAGCAGCCACAAGAGCGUCAGCUCCACGCUGCCCGUGCUUCAGCAGUCGGUGCGCAGUCGCGGCGGCGAAGAGCCGCCCUACGCUGAGGAGAAGCUGCCGGUCGUUGUCGAGCCAAUAUCGAUAGUUGAGAAGAUCCUGUGGCUAAUGGAGCAGCGCCCAGCCACAGAGCCCGAGCCAGCCAACCCCCUGACAGACGACGCCCUGCAUCUGCAGAAGACCCUGAUUGACAAGCCAAAGAAGCACAACGAGAAAGCUCACGCAGAGUCCGUGAAGGGUCUGCUGCAGUUCAUGGAAAGCCUACAGAUCAGCAAGCCCAACGACGGCGACGACAUGCGCUCCCAAAUCCUAAAGAAUGACGCUGACCAAGAAUUCAAUCUCCCGUCGACCGAACUACUACAGCUACCAAAUGAUAUGUCAAACGAAUUGCCUUUUAAUUCUACCAAUAAAUCAGCAGCUGAUGAACAGUACCCGAACAGAGUUUACUCCACUGAUCAGAGCAGAGCUCGGCUCGAGCGGGGGGCGGGGCAGAGCCCAUCCAGCAAUCGCAACUCGAUGUGGUCUCUGCUUGGUGGUUUCUUUGCAAAAAAUAAAAAACUGGGGCAGAGCUCAAGGCUAGACGAAACGAAGCCGCUGAGAGCUGCCGGAAAAGUGCAUUACGGAGCCAUCAAUACCAACGAGGCGUCCAAAGAGCUGGCUCCCAGAAACAAGAGCUGCCAGAAAUGUGGCCUAAAUCGCAAGAAUAAACAAAAAUUGAUAAAUGAGAAAGUCCUAGGCAAAGCAAAGAGUUGCCAGGGCACGCAUAAGCCUAGCUGUCAGCGACACUCAGCAAGCAGUUCACGAACUAGUUCAAAAAUUCAAAUGGAACCAGAAGCGAAGCCCCAUCAAACUCAGUCAAUUAUUGUUAAACAACCUGAAGAAGACUUCAGCAUUGAAAUUUCUGAUGAAUCGGCUCAUGAAGCCAGCUCAAAAGGUGAACCACUUCCGUUUCCAACGCCAUCAAACUCUACCGUAACUGGUUCCACGCUUUACGAAUCGUGCGUUGGCCUAGAGACGCCAACAAGCCAGGAGCCCGCACCUGAGCUCCAAUACCAGAUGCUCCGGGAACUGUUGGACGUACUGAAGGAAAAGUCGCGCCAAAGUCAUCCAAAAAUGUAUCAUGUCGUCAAGACCAUGUCAACGCUUCAAUAUGCCAGCAGUGAGAUAAUCAGGCCCAAGAUGUUGGCCAGCAUCACGCCCCGCACGGGACGAUUGAAGCAGUAUAUCCUAAGUCCGGCCAUUGGCAGGUGUCCACCUGCCUCGGGCAUCUACGAGUUCCGUACUCCAGAUAUACCACCUCAGAAGCUGGACGAGAAUAAGACUAAUAUAAUGAACUUGGAGGCGCUCUUUACACCUGUCGCCCAUACGGCAAGCACUACGCCUACCGACGACUCCUCGGCAAGAAGUAGAGUCCUCGAGCGUAAGAAAAAAUUUUACCAACCCGUGUGGCCAGCCCAUCCGUUCAGGCACAGGAGUCACAGGCGCAGCAUCAAAUUCGAAGCUGUGCAGCUGCAAAUUGACGAAUCACUGGAUGAAGUUCAUCUGAGAUCCAGCGAGGAGUCCAUAUUCGAGGAGCAGAAGCCGCCAAAGCAGCAAAAGAAGAAACAUCGGGAUAUGUGGAUAGUAGAUGAAGCGGUGCAUCAGAAGAUCACGGAAAUGAUGGCCAAACCUAUACAGCUCUUAACUCUGAAUGAUAAGACGGAAGUCGAAACACAAUAG